UAUCCAAUUCUAAGCACACUCGUUCUAUUUAUUUAUUUCUUAUGCAACAGAUUCAUCAUAGAAGCUUCAAUUCUAUUAAUUACUUCCUUGAUCGCUCAUAGUUUGCUUUUGGAACAACAAACGUUAGUAUCAAGAUCAUACACAAUCUGAGGAAUGUCAAACGUCAAGAGCAUGAUGUGCACAACCUUAACAAGGUCAAUGCCAGCCAUUGCCUUCUUUGGGAGAAUGGCAUUUGCCUUUGUCUUUCUCAUUUCUGCUAUCCAAGAGUAUGCUGAUCAUUUUGGCGACGGCGGGCCACUCGAGAAGACGGUUGGACCAGCGGUGAACGCGAUGACCAAAUACGGUUCUAAGGCUCUCACGUUUUACACUGGAAUGCAAGUGGUCGCGUUCGACGUUCGACUUCUUGAAUUCUCACUCAUAAGUGCAAAAGCAACUGCAGCUUUAUGUUUCAUCUUUGGACAAACCAUGCCAGCUUACUUCUUGCUUGUAACACAAAUGCUCUCAACUGUUGUUCCUUUCCCUACCAACUUAAAUGACUUCACUCAGAACUUGACGUUGAUCGGUGCGUUACUCUAUUACAUUGGAUUGAAGUAUACUAUCGACAACCUUGACGAGACAGAGAAGAACAAGGAGAAGGAGACAGAGGAAGAUGAUGAGGCCUCAACUUCGAAAGCCAAAGCAAAAGCAAACUGAAAGUGUCAACUUCACAAACUCUAUUCUUUCUUUUUUAUUUCGGUAGUUCCCAUUAUGUCUCUUUCCUUUUAUUUUUUCUUUAAUCAGACAGACGACUAUUAAUUUGAGCUUAUGGUUACUGUGAAAAUAUAUGACUUUAAUUUAAAUCCAAUGUGUUUGUCUAGUAUUAUGUAUCCCGG